UUUGGAAAAGAAACUUGAUUAUAAAGUGAUUGUAAUUGUAAUUGUUUUGGAAAUUAUGACAGAGAUAAUAUUUUCAGUCCACAAGUCUCUUUUCUUUUUUUUUUCUCUGUUUACAGAUAUGAUGAAGUUUUGAAAAAUGGUCUGCCAGAUUGGCGACAGCCUGUUUUCUACUACCGGAGAGUGAGAAAGAUGAGUAACGUUGAGCUUUCUUUGCUUCUCUUUAUUAUUCUGACCGUGGGCCAUUAUGCAGUGGUUUGGUCGAUAUACUUUGAGAAGCAACUGGAUGACCUUCUUACUAGAAAGAAGAGAGAGAAAAAGAAAAAAGCAAGUGGUAAAUCUUCGGAUGAAGGAAAAGCUGGUGUUCUUGAGAAGAAUGAGAGAUCUGUUGUAAAGCCUCAAUGGCAGGACCUGUUGCCUUGCAAGAUAGGACUUUGGUUUUAUUUCUUUCUGAAGUCAUUACCACAGUGCUGCCAGAAUGUUAAGGAUUUUUAUCUGGAAUGGAAAGAAAUGAAAGUGAAAGAAAAAGAAGCAGAAACUCAAGCCCAGUUUGAAGCUGUGCAGAAAGAAAAAAGGCCAAAAGUAAAGAAGCCAAAAUCUGAGUUUCCAGUGUAUACAGCCCCUACCUCUGGAAGUGUUGCCUAUGUAGCGUUACAUGAAGAAGCUUCAACUAUCGAGGAUAUUGAGGACCAGGUAGCUGACUGGCUAGAAGACAGGUCAAAAGGGUCAAGAAAGGCACCUGAGUGGACAGAAGAGGACCUCCGCCAGCUGACAAGAAGUAUGGUUAAGUUCCCAGGGGGCACUCCAGGUCGAUGGGAAAAGAUUGCUCACGAAUUGGGUCGAUCAGUGGCAGAUGUUACAACAAAAGCUAAACAAGUCAAAGAUUUUGUUUCGAGCACACCGGGAACAAUAAAACUAUUGGAUCUGAAGUCUGUAUCCCAGACUGUAAUGAGUGCCAAACGUGAAACAGUCCUGCCUGACCACAUAAUCACUAAAAGGGAUGAGGAAGUUGAAAAAGAAAAUGAAUUUGAAAAUGCAGAUGAUCAAGAUAACUACACUGAGGCAUUGUCCACAGAGACUAGACCACGGAAACGAAAAAAUGCAAAAACAUCAGAGAGAACUCUUAUGAUCCAAGAUGAAAUUGAACAUAAACCGAAAGGAAGGCGCCAAAGGGACUUUGAUAACACAGAACUGGAUGAUGAUAGUGAUGAGGAGAAGAAAAGGAAAUGGAAGAUACGAUCUUCAGAAGAAAUUGCUGAAUUAUGGAACCAAAAUCAACAAAAACUGCUUGAGUUAGCCUUGCAACAGUAUCCAAAGGGGACUUCGGAACGCUGGGACAAAAUAGCAAAAUGUGUACCAGGAAAAACAAAGGAAGAAUGCAUAAUCAGGUACAAACUAUUGGCUGAACUGGUUAUGAAGAGGAAACAAGCUAAAAGCUGACUGAAAAUGGUACUUACAAAGCAUGAGUCUCCCUCCCGGAAGCAGUACUGCACCAUGGACAAAUAUAUUGUUAAAUGUGGAGUCUAGUUGCUUAUAACUUACCUCAGCUUUCUUUUUGUCAAUGUCAUGUGCCUUAAUAAAAACAUUAAUGUGCCAACAUGUCCUACAGAUUAAUCAGAUACAUUCAUAUUUUAGAUUCUUAUUUGUUCACUAAAUGCUCACUAAAUGUUCACCAUCUAGCUAGUUUUUAUUUUGUUUAUAAGAAGCUAAUCUUCUGUAUCCCACUUCCAUGUUUGUCUCUAUACUGGUUAUAAGUUUGUAUUCCUUUCCUUUGAAAAUUGUUGGUAGAGUUUGGAUUCUUGUGUCUUUAAUUGACCAGUUCUUUUAUAACAUGCUAAUAGAGAACCGAAAGUUUUGACACUGUGUAAAAUUGAAUUUAAAAUUAAGAUCUUAAUUAAGGAGUUUAAUUUGAAUCUGUUUUUCUGUUUUUGUUUUUUUUCCAUCCCCAUCUUUCCUAAACUUUGUUGUGUCAUCCUGUUCUGCAACAAGGGUGAUAAAUAGCCCUUCAGUAACUUGUCCAAGUAAGUGGACCUAACUUAAGCAUUGGAGUACACUGUAUCUGGAUCACAACCAGACCUGUUCUUAAUGAAAUCAGAAAGUGCUGCAGAAACUCAGCAGGUCUGGCAGCAACUGUGGUGAGAGAAAUUGAGUCUGAUGUAGCUGUUCUUUCGAACAGACAUAUCCUUGGUCACUGUGUACAUGUGCUUCCAGUACACGUUUCUGGGUAGCGAACAAAAUUAGAAUCCUAUCUGAUUCUUGUCCCUAGCUCAAAAAAGUAAGACCAGUUUCAGCCCUGUCCGGAUCAGCUGAUACAAUGCAGGUGGGUCAUAGGACUAGGGACCUUCCAGUUUAGAAUUGCUCUGUACCACACAGUACGUUGCCCUAUAACCAGUAAAGCUUUGCCUUCUUCAGAUUGAUAUUUUUUAAAGAUUACAAAUAUAAAUUGCUCUUAAAUUCUUGAGUUUAAGUUGAAAAGAUGCACCACGAGCUCCGUACAGUACACUGUCACUGCUUGUUUCUGCAACCUGUCCAUUAAUAAGUUAAUGUGUAACAGUUAGCAUUUACAGUAAGCCAAGUGAAGCAUUGUAUCUGUGAGUUACAUGUGUUGCUGGAACAGCACAGUGUAGAAACUUUCAGUGGUAUGUUUUCUAAUUCAAGCAUUUAUCCAGUUGGCAAAUGUGACGUAUGUGUGAUUAUCAUUACAUGUGUUUGAAGUUUGGUUUAUGCCGAACUCUUUUACUGAUAUUUAUAUUGUUUUUAAAUCAAGGCUUCAUGUAGUUACAUGUUUGUAUGCUGAAGUCUACUUGGAAGUCUAAUCUCAAAUGAAUUAUGAUAAUUUAAGAUUCCACAACAUCUGCUUAUUACAACAUAAGUCAAGCACGCUUCAGCUAGCAGUCUCCCUUUUUCGAAUAACAAAUCUUACUUACGUACUGUGAUGUACAGUGCAUCUAGUUCCCAGGGAGUUCAGUUUUAACAGUUCCAUUUGUUGUACACAGUGAAAACUGUUUUCAAAGCUGUUAAUGCUUGACAUGUUUUUAUCCCCAGAUCUGUACUGGUAUGCCCUGGUAUAAUUUUCAAGUGUGUGGUGUAAACCCUCUGGAUUAAAUUAUACUGUAAGAAAA